AUUUCCCACGCACAUUCAUAAACCAGCGAAGAGAACUUGAAGCCUCAGUCUCCGUUCAUACGGUUAAAUCGAUUGUGCUCCUGUUCUUCCCGAAUCCCCUUCUACCAGUCCAACUUUCACCAUGAAGCAUCUCGCAGCCUACCUCCUCUUGGGUCUCGGUGGAAACACCUCCCCGUCUGCCUCUGAAAUCAAGAGCGUCCUGGAAUCCGUUGGUAUCGAGGCCGACGACGACCGUCUCGAAAAGCUUCUUGGUGAGCUCAAGGGUAAGGACAUCAACGAGUUGAUCUCCCAGGGUAACGAGAAGCUCGCCUCCGUCCCGUCCGGCGGCGGUGGCGGUGCUGCUGCUGGCGGUGCUGCCGCCGGUGGUGCCGCUCCUGCUGAGGAGGCCAAGGAGGAGGAGAAGGAAGAAGAGAAGGAGGAAUCCGACGAGGAUAUGGGUUUUGGCCUCUUCGACUAAGCGCGUCACCACGACGUGCCUGUCUCCAGCGAAUGCGCACAGAUGCAUGUUUACAUUCAUGGAAAUCAUAUGGCAUGGAAAGGAGAAUUUGGGAGGUGUCGAGCCUGCUUUCAAUGCAACCAUUGGGAAGUCAUUUUGAAGCAAUCCUUCGAAAGGUUGCUACACUAGCGAACAUUGAAUGAAAACCAUGCACCCUCAA